AUGGUUCUCCAAUUCCACCAACACAUAAUCACAGAGCUUCUCGAAGACACCAAUGGCGGUCUCGUCAUUCUCUCUUCCGGCCUCUCUCUAUCAAAGCUCAUUUCAUCUCUUCUCCUUCUUCACUCCACUUCCCAGGGCACACUCCUCAUCCUAUCCCCUUCCUCCGCUUCUCUCAAAUCCAAAAUCAAUUUCCAUCUCAAAACCCUAAACCCCCAAUUCUACCAAAUCCCCGUUGAAAUCACCGCCGACCUCCCUAUAAACCACCGCCACUCCCUCUACUCCUCCGGCUCCAUCUGUUUCAUUACCCCUAGAAUCCUCAUCGUUGAUCUCCUCACCAACAAACUACCUACAUCCAUUAUCUCCGGUAUCAUCAUCCUCAAUGCUCAUUCUGUUACAGAGACUUCAACUGAAGCUUUUAUCGUUAGGAUUUUCCGUUCUCUCAAUCGGACCGCGUUUGUUCGUGUUUUCUCCGAUAGGCCACAAGCGAUGGUUUCCGGUUUUGCGAAGGCGGAGAGGACUAUGAAGUGUUUGCACAUCCGGAAGAUGCACCUGUGGCCGAGGUUUCAGGUUUAUGUUUCGCAGGAGCUUGAGAUGGAUCCGCCGGAUGUUGUGGAUAUUAGGGUUCCGAUGAGUAAGUACAUGGUGGGGAUUCAGAAGGCGAUUGUUGAAGUUAUGGGUGCGUGUUUGAAGGAGAUGAGGAAGACGAAUAAAGUUGAUGUGGAGGAUUUGACUGUGGAGAAUGGGUUGUUUAAGUCGUUUGAUGAGAUUGUCAGGAGACAGUUGGAUCCUAUUUGGCAUACUUUGGGGAAACAGACUAAGCAACUUGUCUCCGAUCUUAAGACCUUGAGGAAGUUGUUGGAUUAUCUAGUCAGGUAUGACGCGGUGACUUACUUGAAAUAUUUGGAUACACUUAGAGUGUCGGAGAGUUUUCGAUCUGUUUGGAUAUUUGCAGAGGCGAGCUAUAAGAUAUUUGACUAUGCAAAGAAACGUGUUUAUCAUCUUGUGAGGUCAGAUGGUAUGAAAUUGGACGAGACUAGUAAAGGUGUCAAAAACAAAAAGAAAAAAGUCAAAGGGGAUAACAAAGACACUGAAGAAGCUGAUGUCACUUCCUCAACCAGUUCAAAUGGCAUAGUUUUGGAGGAAGUCUUGGAAGAAGCACCAAAGUGGAAGGUCUUACGUGAUAUUCUUGAAGAGGUAGAGGAGGAAAGACAAAAGCAAGGCAUGUUGAGGGAAGAAGUGUUGGCUGAAGGUGAAGACACCAGCAAUGGCAUUGUAUUGGUGGCAUGUAAAGAUGAAAGGUCAUGCUUACAACUUGAAGAAUGCAUCACCAACAGUCCAAAAAAGGUCAUGCAAGACGAAUGGAAAAAGUACUUACUAAACAAAGUACAGCUGCGGGAUGUAGUGCAUAAGAAUAAGAAAAAGAAGUCAAAGGAACCUAAGGGUUUUGGAAUUCUUAAUGGAGUCACUCCCAUAUCCCCUGCACAGAAUACAGAAACCAGUGGCGUUAAUAAGCAGGAGCAUGAUGCACUUAUGGCAGCAGCUUCAAAACUGCGAAAUCUUGCUGAAAAUAAUCAUGUUGUCGAAGAUACUCCUCAGUCUAAUCUGGAGGGACAUGUUCGUGGGAAAGGCAAGAGAAAGUUGGGAAAUAGAAAUGGCCCAAUCAUUAUUGAUGACUCUGGUGUUCAAAGUAACAAUAAGGAGGACGUGACAAGUGGUAAAAUGGGGAUGUCUGAUACAAAAAAUGAAGCCCAUAUGGAUGAAACUAGUCCUGUCAGUGCGGGUAGAUUCUGUGAAACCGAACACGGGGGAAUAUCUGUAGACGACACGGUUCUUCGGAGGCAUACCUGUCCUAGUGCCAUGGCAAAAGAUGGGAAGCCACUACCACCGGUACAUUUUUAUGCCCUAGAAAGUGAUCAGCCUAUACUGGACAUAUUAAAUCCCUCUAUAAUAGUCGUCUACCAUCCAGACAUGACCUUUGUAAGAGAAAUUGAAGUCUACAAAGCUGAGAAUCCCUCAAAAAAGUUGAAGGUAUAUUUUAUUUUCUAUGAAGAUUCAACUGAGGUUCAGAAGUUUGAGGCAAGUAUACGUAGAGAGAAUGGAGCCUUUGAAUCUUUGAUCAGGCAAAAAUCUAUGAUGAUGAUUCCAGUUGAUCAGAGUGGGCAUGGUUUAGGAUUGAACUUUACCCCAGAUUCAGAUUUAAAUACUGCCCAGAACUCAAUAACCAGAAAAGCAGGAGGGAGAAAGGAGGUUGAUAAAGAAAUGCAGAUCAUUGUGGACAUGCGGGAAUUCAUGAGCAGCCUUCCAAAUAUUCUUCAUCAAAAGGGAAUGCGCAUAAUUCCGGUGACCCUUGAAGUGGAAACAAUGGUGCGAUAUUAUAGGAUACCUGUGCUCUUGAUUGAGUUUUCACAGGAUAAGAGCUUCUCAUUUCAGUCUGCCAGUGAUAUUGGUGAUGAUGUGACACCCAAUAGCAUUAUAUCAAAGUUGUCAUUGCUUGCUCUACAUUUUCCCCGGCUACGAAUAAUCUGGUCUCGGAGUUUGCAUGCUACUUCUGAAAUAUUUGCUUCGCUGAAGGCAAAUCAAGAUGAACCAGAUGAAACAAAAGCAAUGAGAGUGGGUGUCCCAUCAGAAGAAGGAAUUGUGGAAAGCGAUGUGAGGGCUGAGAAUUACAACACAUCGGCCGUAGAGUUUCUAAGACGACUUCCAGGUGUUUCAGAUUCUAAUUAUAGGGCCAUACUGGACCGGUGUAAGAGUUUGGCAGAACUUGCACUUCUUCCGGUAGAACAGCUAGCUGAAAUAAUGGGUGGUCAUAAGGCUGCUUGUACCCUUAGAGACUUUCUAGAUGCUAAAUAUCCCACUUUGUUGUGA